CCAACCCCUUCCUGUCCCCUGUAUAAGCGGCCCGGGCUGCAGCGCUCCGGGACCGUGGCUUUCUCCGGGGGCUGGAACCAGCCCCUGGGGCAGCCCCGGGCUCUGCAGACACCAGCUCUUGAGCCGCAAACUCCAGGAUUUCUGAUUCUCAAAACCCAGCGUGGUCUCCAGAUGGAACAAGGGGAAGAGCUGUGGGUCCCAAAUCUCCAGGGUGCUGAGGAAAUGGAGAGUCCAAGAGGCUCAUGGGCAGGUGAUGGGACGGUGAGUGAGAGCGAGGAGGAGAACCCUGAGCAGGAAGGUCCUGAGCAAGUGGAACCGCAUGAGGCGGGACCAGGGAGAUCUGAUGGGGAUGUUUCCCCCGAGCUGGGUGAAGCCUGCGGGAGUCAGGGCAGGUCAGAGAAGGAGCAGGGAAGACACCCAGAAGAGAGACAGGAGAAUCCCGGUCACACUGGGGAACAUUUGGGGAGACACAAUGACUCUACAAUCCACAGGGGACUCUGCCUCGGGGAGAAACCCAACACGUGUGAGGACUGUGGGAAAAGCUUCAGCCUGAGGUCAAAUCUGAUCACCCAUCAGAGACUACACCUGGGGGAAAGACCCUACCAGUGCCCAGAGUGCGGGCGCUGCUUCAGCCAGAGCUCGCAUCUCAUCACGCACCAGCGUCUGCACACGGGAGAGCGGCCCUACCGGUGCCGGGACUGUGGGAAGAGCUUCAAUGUGAACUCAGACCUGAUUAAACACCAGCGAACGCACACAGGCGAGAGGCCCUACCCCUGCACUGAGUGUGGGCGGCGAUUCAGCAGCAGCUCCAACCUCACGAGGCACCAGCGGCUGCACACGGGUGAGAGACCCUAUCGGUGCGAGGCCUGUGGGGAAAGCUUCCGGGACUGCUCAUCGCUCACGAUCCACCAGAGGGCACACACAGGAGAGAGGCCCUAUGUCUGCCCCGACUGCGGGAAAGGCUUCACUGACAGCUCCCUCCUCAUCAAGCAUCAGAGGACGCACCAGACAGAGAAGUGCUUUAACUGCCCUGACUGCGGGAAAAGCUUCUCCACCAGCACGUACCUGGCCAGGCACCAGAGAACCCACCUGGCUGAGAAGCCCUAUCGGUGCGAUGAGUGUGGCAGGGGAUACAGCCAGUUCGCUCACCUCACCACUCACCAGAGAGUGCACACAGGAGAGAGGCCCUACAUCUGCCCUGACUGCGGGAAAAGCUUCACCACCAGCUCUGCCUUGACCAAGCACAAGAGAAUCCACACGGGAGAGAGACCCUACGUCUGCCCCGACUGUGGGAAAAGCUUCACUCAGAGCUCAAACGUUAUCACCCACUGGAGACUCCAGCACGGGAAAUCCCUGUGAGACCCCCGGCACUGACGCCACAGGAACAGCAGUUCUGCCCAUCCCCCACCCCCAGCAUGGUCAUCCAUGGGAACAGCAGCUCUGCCUGCUGAUUCCCACCCAUGGCACCAGCCUUUUGCCUGCCCUUUCAUGGCAUAGCAAGCGGCAGCGGCCAAUGACCCCUUGGCUUUGUGGUUUGGCUCUCCUCAGGGCUGUUGAGUCUCUCUGCCUCCUGCUGAUCUGGUGCAAGGGAGAGAGAAGAAACCUACUACUGGUGCCAGCUCCCUAGAGUGAAGUCUCCCCCUUUCCAUCCCCACUGCACCUACUCCAGUGCUUUAGGGCUGGGGUCAUACAAACCCUCUCCCCUCCAGCAGGGUUCUUGGGUUGUUGGUUUCCUGCUGGGUCUGGUCAGUGCCUGUCACAUGUUCAUAAAAGUUUCAUUCCUUAAACUCACAUGUUUUCUUGAAGAGCAGUUGUAGUGCUGGUGUCAGCAGAUCCAGCAGACUAGCUGGGGCCUGUGGAGGACAUGGACAGUGGGUGGGGAUCAGUGGGGGAAGGAAGCAGGGUGCCUUAGAGCUGAGGUUCUGGUCCAUAAUGAUCAGAGCUCAGAAUAAUGCCAACCAAUUUCCCACAAAGAUUAUUUGAAUUUGUGUCUGGGUUUUCUUUGGCCCUGUUCAUGCCCCUUUGUGAUCAUUUGCUCUCAAGCAAUUGUGCUUUACUAGCUCAGGUGUUUGUGGAAAUGAAUUUCCAAGUUGCCCAUGUGAGUAAUCCGUUAAACCAGAUUUUAAAUCCAAAAUCAUCCAGCCAAGAACAAACAAUACCAUGUGACUUACAUGGCCCAGUACAACUAACGAACACACUUGAUAGUUCAGCUAUCGAGUAUUUGCAAUUAAACCAGAGAGUGAAGCAAUUCGAAAAGAUACUCAUCCAACAACCAGUACGUCUGAGGGAAUCAUGAUCUAUUUGCAGAUCUACAUUGCAGGCAAAUAUGCUCAAUUCCUGGAAGAAAUUCAUCAUUAUGAGCUAAUUGCUCAUCUCUUCAGUAUGAGCUAAUUGUUCAUCUUUAGCAAUGAGAUGCAGAGAAAAUGAAUCCCAAACAACUUAUCCUGUGUUACACAAAAUGCCUGAUCUCGGCUCAUUUCACUUUGAAGCAAGGAAGUGAUGGGGUUUCAGUGCUAUUAAACAAUUCUCACUGAUCACAAGGAUUUGAGUCUACUGGGUGAUUGAGCAGCACAGAGGCAGGUGAAGUUCAGCAUAGAGAGGAACAAAGUGAAGCAUGUUGGAAAGAACACUUUGUGUUAGGCAGACACCUCGAAACAAACUGUAACCACAAAGGAAAAAGGCCAAGGGAUCAUUCUGGGCAGCUUAGUGUAAACAUCCUCUCAAGGCACAGAGAUGGUUUAACACAACCCAGAGGCUGUAUGUAAAUGGGGUCUGAAUGAACUCUCCCCUGACAUCUAGAACUGAGCUGCGGGGAAAAGACUUCAGGAGCAGACUGUGUUUACACUGAUGCCUACUCUGCCUAGGUGCGCAGCAGAUGGAGCUGCUUUGCCAAAGUGAUCAGUUCUGGAUGGUUUUGAGUUACAAAUCACUCUAGUAUUUGAAAGCAGGGGCAAUGAAAUGUUAUCCUGAUUGGACAAGUAACGGGCAGCAGAACUGUGCUUAGCCUGCCCUGAUUGAAAGGGUCACCCUAAACUGAACCUCACUUGCUAAGCAGGGGCUAGAGAUGUCAAAUCCCUAUGAAGGGGAGAGGUUUGUAUGUGAUGUGGACUCUGUUUAAAGAGUUCUGGCACGAUUUGAUCCUUCCUCCUCCAGGAUUUAAAAAUAGCUGAUUAGACUCAAUUGAGAGUUAUCAUUUCUGCUCAGCCAUUACCACAGCUGAAUCCCUGAUAGCCAGUCUAGGGGUUGUCUUGGACCUAGUGCAGGGAUAGUGGUGAAAUGAAGGACAAUGCAGAAGUUGUACUGUCAGUGAGGUUCCCUCUGACCCACUGAAAUCACCUGACUUAAGCGGUGGAACCUCAGAACAUGGUGUCACAGAAGUGGUAGUGAACCUCCAACAGCAGCAGGAAGUGACCAGAGGCAGUAGCAAGCAGCCAGUUGCAGAGGAGCAUAGCAACUGCAGAGACAUAGCUCAAUGCUCCCUCCCUUUCUGUGGGCGAGGAGGUGAACCUUUAUGAAUGUACCUCGAAAUUCUGGGUCUUCGCUGACUGAGGACAGCAACUGUGAGGAGGUGCAGCAGUGGGAGAGGUGAGUGAGAUGUGUUAAAGGGACAUUCAUUCAUUGGACUUUCCCCCUGCAAUGUGGGAAAUUGAGGUAAAAGACACUGCCCAACACACUGCGGUCACAUGCUUGGAAUGUGGUUGUGGUGUUUUCCCCAUUUAACACUUGGUUCCUUUUCCCUUCUAAUAAAAGUUCUCUUUCGUUCUA